GAUACUGCCAUUUCAUCAGCACAUUUUCACAAACAUCUCUUCAUUCCUAAUCAUGAGGCUAACGAGAUGAAUUUACAAACAAUUUAUGGGCGUUCCGAAGGAAAUAUGUAUUAACAUAAAGGCCACAGACGAGUAUGGUUUUUCGUUUGGUUAUUUAAUGCACACUCAAAGCGGGGACUAAUUGCACAUUUAUGCUCAAAAACAUUCGGGUUUGCUUGGAUGCCUUGCCUGGGAACGUCACUGUACCACACGUUUACAGACCGAAAGACGGCGAAGAACAUGGGGUUUACUAUUGUCAGAAACUGAGAAGCAUUACCGAGAUUACGUAAGAAAUGGAAGCUAUAUGGCUGUACCAGUUCCGGCUGAUUGUCAUUGGUGACUCAACAGUCGGGAAGUCUUGUCUGAUCAGACGCUUCACAGAAGGACGUUUUGCACAGGUGUCUGAUCCUACUGUUGGAGUAGACUUCUUUUCCCGUCUGGUGGAGAUUGAACCAGGCAAACGCAUCAAGCUUCAGAUCUGGGACACGGCAGGCCAAGAGAGAUUCAGAUCUAUCACAAGGGCUUAUUACCGUAAUUCAGUGGGCGGCCUGUUGCUUUUUGACAUCACCAACCGGCGCUCUUUCCAGAAUGUUCAUGAGUGGCUGGAGGAAGCGCGCAGUCAUGUGCAGCCACAAAGAAUCGUCUUCUUAUUGGUCGGUCACAAGUGUGACCUGGAACAGCAGCGGCAAGUGAGCCAGCAGGAGGCGGAGAAACUGGCUGCUGCUUACGGCAUGUGCUAUGUGGAGACCUCGGCACGUGAUGCCAUAAAUGUAGAGAGGGCCUUCACCGAGCUGACGCGGGAUAUCUUUGAGCUGGUCAAAAGUGGUGACAUCACCAUCCAGGAGGGUUGGGAGGGAGUCAAGAGUGGUUUUGUGCCCAAUGUGGUACAUUCUUCUGAGGAAGUGACCAAAAGCGACCGCCGGUGCCUCUGUUGAUCAAGUGAUUCUUGCUGGUGUAUCAUGGCUCUUCACUGCAAAACCACUGCUGUUGUUCUCCCUAAGCUUGACAUCUCCCACUACUGCAGCCCUACAAAUACUCUCUUCCCUCUUUCAAUGUUUCCUGCUCUCAUAGUAACUUCAAGUACAGUUCUUAUUCUCAAUGUGAAUUCAGAACUUCACUUUCAAAUAAUGACAUAAAGAUAAGCAACAAACAGAAAUCUGAAUUCAGUGGAGCUUUGGUAAGUCUUCAUCCACCUUGUGGCAAGAUGGAACCAGUAGAACUGAGUUGUAAGAACUGGGUAAGUAAAUGGUUGAUGCAUCUUCCAGACUGGAGAUCUCAGACCUUCAAACACACUAUCCAAGGGAAUAGCAAUAUCCUUUAGAGCAAAGACAGAUCUAAAGUUUACACCAAAAAUUCAUCCAUUAAGGUUCUUUUCGAAACAAAACGUAUCAGAGCAUGCGCAGGAAGACCACACCAGUCAAUACAUAAUUUCUUCUCUCAUUUGACUAUUAAGCUCCUAAUGCGUUCAACUAAGGCCACAUCCACACUAAUGAUUUUGUUACGUUUACACCUCUCACCCACACUAGAAUGGUGUGAAACAGAGUGUUUUGAAAGCGCCCUCUAUUACCACAUAAUUUGGAAAACAAUGACGUUAGGAAACUGAAAACAGAUUAUUGUCCAUUUGGCCCAAAGAUACUCCUUAUGGUGUAUUUACAUCAUGUCAGAAUUACCGUAAUUACGGGAUUCCGGCUUAAAUAAAACAGUAAAAACCGCUCAUGUUUUCUUCAAAUUCGUAAUUACUAGUUGAGAUCUUCAGAUUUGUUGAAAUAUUGGACUUGACCGUUGUGAUUUCAAUUAAAAAAGAUGACAGUUAAAAGUAGUUUACACAUUUUUCUAUAUGCCAUUUUAUUAUAGCCAUUGUUAUCUUGUGCAAUUUUUUUUGUUCUUAAAAUUUUUAAUGGAGCAUAUAAAGGAUAAUUACAUAAUUAAUUAAUGUUGUGAUCAAAUAUGUAAUCGACAACAAAGCCACAUUUUGACCCAUUUUGGCGUUAUAAUCAUUGCCGUAGAAAACAAUAUUUCUGAGUCUCAGAGUAGAAUCUCUGAGUUGUCAUCUUGUAAUUACAGUAAUUCCAACACAAUGUGAACGUAGCAUUAAUAGUUUCGUUCAUUCAUUUCCUGUAAUUCUUUAUUGGCAUAUAUUGAUUGUUUGUUUGGUGGGACAUCUGAUUUGAAGAGUUUAACAAAAGGGGGAGCAAUUCUGUUCCUUUAAAGGGAUAUUCCAGGUUCAGUAUAAGUUAAGCUCAAUAGACAGCAUUUGUGGCAUAAUACUGAUUAACACAAAUAUUUAUUUUGACUCAUCCCUCCUUUUCUUAAAAAAAAAAGCAAAAAUCGAGGUUCCAGUGAGGAACUUACAAUGGAAGUGAAUGGGGCAAAUACGUAAACGUUAAAAUACUCACUGUUUCAAAUGUAUAGCCACAAGACAUAAACAAUAUGAGUGUUAACUUGAUUUUAGUGUGAUGAAAUCACUUACUAACCUUUUCUGUGUAAAGUUAUAGCCAUUUUUACAACUUCUUUGCCAUGACAUUGUAAUGUCAACAAACCCUUAAACGAUGACUAAAACAACUUUACAGCUCAAAUAAUACAUGAGUUUUAACAGAAGAAUUAAUGUAAGUGCUUUUAUAAAAUUAAAAAACUUCACAUUUCUGCCUUUAAACCCUCCAAAAAUUGGCCCCCAUUAACUUCCAUUGUAAAUCCCUCACUGUAACCUCAACCUUUGUGGUAAUCAACAUCAAUUGACAUCAAUCCCGAAUAUUCCUUUAAGCCUUGUUGUCUGACAAAGAUGAAGUCAAAUUAUGCCUGUAGAGUCAGAAAAAUUCCAAUCAUAGGGAAUGUGAUAGGUACUUUUAGUUUUCUUUUAGGAAUUACCCUUUCUUUUCACAUAUUCAAAAUGUUGCACUAAAAAAAUUAAGCUACAUAAUCAUCAAUAAAACUCCAAGAAAAAACUUGGAGCUGCAUUUGCGUUUUCCGCCCAUCUCUCAUUUAAAGUGGUUUGAAUGACAUCCAGGGACUUUACCAAUUAAUUUUGGAAUUGGUUCUUCUUAACAAAGUCCACUUUCAUAACUGUUGCCUGUCACUUGAGGUUAGUAGCUGCUGUGUACUUUUUUGACUACAGACUAACACAAUGUCAUUUAACCCACUGAAAUGACUUAACUGUGUAUUUACUGAUCUUGUGAGAGACAUGGAUGAACUAUCAAUAAAACAAGUGAC